GGUCUGAGCAUGCGCACUGCAUCGGUUCUAAGGGGACGGGGAGGACAUCACGGAAAAAACGUAGCAGCAGCACCACAAACCCCACGCCGAGAUUUCGUCUCUCCGCUGCGCUAAAAGUGCGCGACGAAAGCGGCCCACGACUAUGCCUGGUGAGGCGUUUAAGUGCGGGACGACCACUUGACAGGCCUGGGCGAGGUCUGAGAGGUUGCCGGUAGGGGAAAUACAUUUCUUCAUAUGGGAGAAGCAUGCGGGAAAUGGUCGGAGGUUGCUGCGUGUGUUCAGACGAACGAGGCUGGGCUGAGAAUCCGCUGGUUUACUGUGAUGGACACGGCUGCAGCGUCGCCGUUCACCAAGCAUGCUACGGCAUUGUCCAGGUGCCCACCGGUCCGUGGUUCUGUCGGAAGUGUGAGUCACAGGAGAGGGCGGCGCGCGUGAGGUGUGAGCUGUGUCCCCACAAAGAUGGUGCACUCAAGAGGACAGACAGUGGAGGCUGGGCCCACGUUGUGUGUGCGCUCUACAUCCCUGAGGUGCAGUUUGCCAACGUCCUCACCAUGGAGCCCAUCAUCCUGCAGUAUGUCCCACAUGAGAGAUACCUCAAGACUUGUUAUAUCUGUGAGGACCAUGGGAGGGAGAGCAAGGCUUCCUGUGGAGCCUGCAUGACCUGCAACAGGCAGGGCUGCAGACAAGCUUUCCAUGUCACCUGUGCUCAGAUGGCAGGUCUACUGUGCGAGGAGGAAGGCCCAGAAGCUGACAAUGUUAAAUACUGUGGCUACUGCAAACACCACUACAACAAAAUGCAGAAGAAGUUGCGCUCUAGUGAAAAUACAAGUAGCACCUUCAGUCAUUCCAGGGGGCGCUCAAGCUCUCCGUCACAGGACAAACACCAUCAUCAUAGACAGAGGAAGAGUCAUAAGGACAAGAUUCGGCAAAAAGAGCGCCACAAGAAGUCCUCUGACAGCCUGGGCUCUUCAGUGACGAGCAGCAGCAUUGAAAAGAUAUCCUCCAGUCACCACAGCAUAAAGGAUAAUGAUGGAAAGUCCAAGAAGCUGAGCUCACACAGUCAUGGUCACCGCAGCAAGAAGACAGGAAGCACUGGCAAGAGCUGUUCCUCUUCCCCCUGCUCCUCCAGUCCAUUCAACACAGGUGGCUCCCUGUCUUCCGCUCAGGAUUUCCAUCAGUUCUCAUCGUCCUCCCGUCUGGAGCGUGACCAUGACCGAGGGGGUGAGGACCACAGUGGCGAGGAGCGUAAGGAGCGUCGCCGGAGGCCAGCAGUCCAAGAGGAGGAUGACGAAGAAGAUGAUGAGAAGGAGGAGGACAAAGAUGAGGAGGAGGAAGAGGAGGAUAGUAAAUACCACAAGCCACCAGCUUUGACUCCUGCUGAUGGCCCCCUGGCAGGGUCGCAGGGCCAUGAUAGAUCAGAGGGCAACUCGAGCCCUUUCGAGAACAAGGUCACUAUUUCCACGUUUGGGUCCAUCAUGCGCAUCACCUCUUCAUCAGGGCUGGGCAGCAGCAGCAAGAUACGGAAGAUCUCCUCCUCUGGGGAAUACAAGCCCUCCAAGUCUCUCUGUAAACCCUCUCAGCUGAGCACGCCACCUAUCCUAGAGGAGGCGGACCUGGGGGACAAAGCCACGCCUCCACCACUGGCUAGAGAGAGGAGGCACCGUGGCAACAAGAAGAGCAGUCAUGGCCCAGGUCGCCCACGAGGAAGCAAGAACCGAGAGCGGAGAGAAGAGGAGCAUCACCACCACCAUCACCACACAGCGCCCCCUCCUCCAACCUUAACCUCCUCGCUCUACCCAAGCACAUCCUCCAUCCCGCACCCCGCCUUCCCCUCCACACUUCCUCCCACCACUAUCUCCUCCUUUUCUUCUUCCUCCUCUUUCUCCUCCUCCUCUGUCGGCAGUUUUUCCACAAGCCGUGGCAACUCACUGCUCGGCUCUGGUAUCUACUCCAGUCUCAAGGACCCUCUCACGCUGGGCGGGGGCGUUUGUAGUCCCCCGCUCUCCCUGGGUGGUGGGGUUUGUAGCACCUCCUUGUCCCUGGGAGGGGGUAUGUGUAGCACCCCUCUCUCCUCAGGACUCCUUCAAUCCCACGUCUCCUCACUCUCACUUCCGUCGGUCAACCCUGUCUCAAACACGCAGGUCCAUCCAGGUUCCAGCACCUCCUACAACCUAACCUCCACCCAGCCUUUCGCCAGCUGUCUGUCCACAGCCCCUACACUGCCGCCACUACUGAGCCAAGCCCAGACCUCAUUGCCAGAGUCGGACCUCGAUGACUGUCGAUUCCCAUGUCAGGGGAACUCACCAAGAGAGAGUCUUUCUUCACAGUCUCCUAUGAGCUGCCUUCCUCUCCUGUUCGACCAGAGGGACGGGCUGGGCGCAGGAGUCCGAACCCGUCCUGAGAACGUCCCUCCAGCCAGCUCUCACAUUGAGCUCCUGCUGGAGAAACAUGGCAACGGAGAGAUGGGAGUCAACAUUGUGGAAAUGCUGCAGUCGCUGCACUCCUUGCAGCAGGAGAACCAGCGCCUCCAGGACCAGAUCCUCAGCCUGACAGCCAAGAAGGAGCGGCUGCAGCUGCUCAACACGGAGCUGGCUGUGCCCUUCCCUCCACAUGUGCUUUCUGCCCAAGGCUCCAUGCACAGCUCUGCCCAGAUCAACUUCCUGUCAUCCACCCAAGACCCCCUGAGCACCAAUAAGAGUCCCCUGUCCAAAAGCUGCUUCCUGAAUGACACCUCCUUUGUUACCUCAUCUGAGGAGCUCCUCUCUGGUAGUCCGUCCCGCAGUAGCUCCUCCCUCUCUUUCCAGAGCACUCCUCCUCCUCAGCAGAGCCCCGCCUCCUUCAGCCAGCCCCUGCUCAACGGCCUGAGUCGGGGUUUGGGCGAUGGUCUGGGGACCAUCAGUCAGGCUGGCAGCUCCUCUUUGCCGGUGGUGGGCGGGUUCAUGGCUUCCCUUGCAGGAAGUCCUCAGCUGAAUAUGAACGGUGUGCUGGGCGGUCUGAAUGGCGUGAUCCAGUCUCCUGUGCAGAAUGUCCCCCAGCCCGCCCUCCCAGCUCUGCGCCCGCAGCCUCCACCUCUCAACCCCCAGGCACUGGCACAGGGCUUUCAGCUUCCCAAGAGCGUGAGCCCCUCCUCUCUCCUGUCUGAACAACAGAAACAGCUUCUCCUUGAGCAGCAGCAGCAACAGCAGCAGCUCCAGCAGUUCCUCACCUCACAGAACUUCACUCCUGAGCAGCAGGUAGUGGUGUGCCAGAUGCUGCAGCAGCAGAGACAAAGGGAGCUGCAGCGCCUCACGCUGACCGGAGCACUCAACUCCACCCCAAACUCACCCAUGAUCACUCAGUCACCCAACCUGCUGUCCUCAGCCACAGCCUCACCCCUGCAGGGUGGCCAGGGGGGCAGCCUGUUUGGCCUGCAGGACAACACUCUUCACAAGCCCGGGGCUGCAGGAGAGAAGGGCGGAGACAAGAACGGGUGACGUUUCCUUUACAGAGGAACAGGUGGCAUGAAGAUACCGGGCAUUACAGCCCACUUGAAGAACGGCGGUCAAGUUACAUGACUUUUGAACAUCUUUCCUUCUCUGUCAUCUUCAUCUUAAACCCUCUUUUAUGAAUGUAUAACAGGAUGGACUUAAAACGUCAAGGUGAAGUUUUUCGUGUUUUGGAAUAUCAAAGGUUCUUCUCAUAGGUGUUUAUGUAGGCAGCUUUCAGAGAGCAUGAAUACAAUGGUCUCUUCUUAAAUUGCACUAAUUUGUUAGCUAGACCAAUGGGGCUGCUCAUGAGGGCACAGCCAGAGUUCCUGCUCAUCCCUGCAGGUGCUGCGUAGGCUUUUGGGUUGAAGUGUAAUCUCGAGGUCAGAGUGUCUCGUCUCGGACCUCUCAAGCUCUGACCGUUCACGAUUUCCCUCCAUGUCUUGAACCAGAGAUUCCAUUCAGUCACCGAGAAUCACAGACGUCUGCCACUUCUUGCAGCCUCAACUGUCUUCCUUAAUAUUUUGUCUUCCCUUUGUGUUCACCCCACCCAAAUGUCAUCCAAAUCUUCUAAUGUCACAUCUCCUCACAUGCACUUAUUAUGUAAAGGAUAAAUAUACUGUCUUUUUUGAUGUGCGGUUGGUGGCAUUUCAACAUUAAGCUAGUUAUUACCUCAGAUCUUUCUGCCACCUAUUUUCCAUUGUUGAACUCAUUACCACAAUAGCCUUCACUGGAUAUAAAGGCCCACCAGAAAUCUUGGUGUCAUCUCGAAGGUAUUAACUCAUGUAAAUGUACAAAUGGCACAGAGCCCACAUGUCCAAAAUGGCGAUAUUGUCCACUAGAGACUGGCUUCAACGUGAGAGUUGAGCACCAGAUUUUAUUAAGAACCACCAGAAGAGUUUCUAAAGACUUUUAUAUCCUUCCAGUUGCUAUCGAGAUUAAGCAGAUAAAACCAAACAUUUGGAAAUUUUAAGAAAUUCAUUGUUUUUCCUAAAUGAGUGUGCACUUUGCAUGUUAGUAGCUAACAGAGCAAAUUAGCCAUCAACACAGUACCUUACAAAGGAUGCUUGGUACUUACUAGGCCGCUAGGGGCUGACAGGUUUUUGAUUUAUGUGAAUAUUUUGCACUCCUCCUCCUCCUCCUUCUCCUCCUUCUCCAAGUGUCGUUUUUUUGUGUUACUUGCAUACAUAGAUGUUCUUUUCAUGUCCACCAACUAGUUCUUUUAGCAAUACUGGAUAGACAAUGCCUUAAUGACGAUAGAUUUACAGAGAAAAAGAUUUACAGAGAAAACCAGGAGCCCAAAGGCUAACUCUUUUGUCGUAUUUCUUUCAUAGUGUUUUUUAUCUGGGGUACAAGGAGGGGUACAGUAGAACAGUGAAAGCACUCUUCCUAAACCCAUUUAUACUUUUGAUAGCGAACUGAUGAUUUCAGAAGUCGAAAUGUGUGAAUAACCGUAUAGUGGUAACUGAAUUGUCAAAGCAUUUUCUAUUGUAUGUUUUGUGUUCAGAUGCAAUGUUCUUUAGUUGUUUGUGCUUUGGAGGACUGAGAAACAAGGACUUAUUGAUAAUCUGAUGAAUAAAGCCUGCACAGUGGUGUCAUAGCAGACAGCCGGCAACAGCCACAAUGUAAACUAUUAUUAAGGAGCUGUCGCAGCAGUGUAUGAUGCAUAGUGUAACUUUUAUCAGCUGAGCAGAUGUGAAUUGCCAAUGUUGUUAGUGUUCACCUUUACUGCAGGCCCCUUUUAGGCCGCGUUCAUCUAAAGCCAACGUAGAGACUAUGAUAAACUUCUGUUUCCUUCAACUCCACUCUGUCAUACUAAGUCUCUGUUUGGUGUUCUUUAACAAUAUGAUCAUAGGCCUUUGAAAUAUUGUGUCACUUCUGUUUGCAAUCUUGAUCUCCCAUACAUGUGAUAUCUUGAAUGCGUGGUGGUUUUGUUAGCAGCUAAUGUAGACGUCAGAAAGGAACUUCAAGCAGCUCAUUGGUCGGUGAUAAAUACUGUAGCAAUGACAGAAGGAGAAUGUUGAUAAAGACAUGGGUCGACACAUUGACGUGACUCCACAUGGGAGGUCUGCAAUUUACUAAGUAUGUCUUUCUUACGUAAGUCCAGACACACAUCCAUGUCCAAGAGAUUGACUGAAGAGUGCAAAGGAUUUCUGAAGUGGUUUCUUUCUCAUGUUGCACUGGGGCGCUUUUGGCCCAACUGUAAAUCGUUUUUUAGUACCUUUUCAAUUUCAUUGGAAUACAAGUUGCAUACUUUAAUAUGUUUGUGUAAAAACACAUUCAUUCUUUUAAGCUUUUAAAUUUGGGUAACCAAGAUAAUCCAUGUUCUGAAUGUCGUACUGUGUAUCUUUUAUGUAUUACAACAUUUAAGCACCUGGCUCUGAGUGAGAGUUGAUGGAGAGCGAGUUACCUAUUGGGAUAUGAAUUGCAUGAAAUGCAGUGACGUCUCUCAGAUGUAUUGCUAAAUACCAAGUAAAAACUAUGCAUAAUUUUAAAUGCAUUGUUCCCUGAAAAAAAAAAUGAAAUGAAAUGAGCACUGAAUUUUAAAAAGGACAAGCAUGUUGUCAUUGUACAGUGUAUUUGUUGGAGAGAAUUGAUCAAGACAAAUUUGACAAUAUUGAGAUUAAAAGCCCUGUAAAGUAUUUUGAUAUUUUUGUGUGUAAAAUUAAAAAGACGGAUUAAGACAACUUUUUUGUCAAUAAAUGUAUUUUACUGA